AUGGGCCAGUCAGAGCAGGACAGAGAUACCCAGCUGACAAAACGCCGUGAGCAGCUUCGCAUAUCCCAGAGAGCCCAUCGCAACCGAAAACGAGACGAAGAAAAUGGACUCAAAAAGCGGGUAGCUGAGCUGGAAAAUGAAGCUCAGAAAAUAAAUGAAGCGUUCCUCGACAUCAGCAAACUCGUCCUCGACACAAAUAUGACCCAAAGCCGUCCUCACUUGGCCUCGGCUUUGCGAGAAGUGACUCGAAAGUGUCUAUCACUAGCGGAGAUUGUGCAAAGUCCAUCAAAUCCCUCUCAAGAGGCUUUGGAAGCAGACUCGAAUAGUUCCAGCUGUGCACAUGCAAAGGAUCCAGUCAACCAGCCUGAUACAGAGCCAUCGAAAGAUGAUACCUCGACAUCCAGCAGAGAGGAUUCAGUGCCAACAAACCAUCUAUCUAUCCUCUCACCCCCCUCGGAGAUUCGUUAUGGUGGACAGAUCUCAUCUGUAAUUGACAACUGCUCUCUCCCGCCAAUCUCACCUUCCACAACUCACCCUAUACCACUCCUUCCGACAGCAUCGUUAGAUGAAAAGGCGGAGUUCAUGCACCGUUUAGUCCGCCAGUGCUGUCUCGCCGCAUAUCAACUUUUGGUCCAUUUGCCAGAUAUCCCGCGGACUAGAGAGAUAUUCGGGUACAUACCGCCUGCGUCAAGUCGAAGCCAGAUGGCCAGAUCUUUAUACAAUACAGUUCUGGAAGAUGAUCCGGAGAGUCUUCAGCAUAAGGCUAAGGCUCUAUCUUUCUUGGCCUCGGGGGAUCUCAUACCCCCGACUAUAUCACUAGUUCCACAUUCAACCAAACAGGCAAUCGAGAACUUCACCCUGGAUUGGCUGGAUGCUUACGGAGUGCAGAAAGUUCUAAGUGACAAAGGUAUACGACUGAAGGAGGAUACGGCUGCGUCGGAGGCUUCUCGCUCAGAUUCGGUGUCGUCUUCGAUACAAAUUGAUGUAUCGACUUUUAUUAAUAUUCUCGUCGGUCAAGCUAUUUGUGUUGGUCCGGGGCCUGCAUUUAGACGGGAGAUGGUUGAGUAUGCUCUGCAGUCUGCUACUGUAAGACGAUGA